UGCUCUGAGAUCCAGGGUUUGAACAUGUCGCGCUUGCGGCGAGUACCCGGGCGGGAUCCGCGAGCGGGUUUCAGAGCUGAGGGGAGAGACUGCACUACCUCUGUACCCCAGGGGCUGUUAAAGGCGGCGAGGAAGAGCGGACAGUUAAACUUAUCGGGUAGGAACCUCAGUGAAGUGCCUCAGUGUGUUUGGAGAAUAAAUGUGGAUAUCCCUGAAGAAGCUAAUCAGAAUCUUUCCUUCAGUUCUACUGAACGAUGGUGGGAGCAGACAGAUUUGACUAAACUAAUCAUAUCAAACAAUAAACUUCAAUCACUGACAGAUGAUCUUCGACUCUUACCUGCAUUGACUGUUCUUGAUAUACAUGAUAAUCAGCUGACAUCACUUCCUUCUGCUAUAAAAGACCUUGAAAAUCUUCAGAAGCUUAAUGUCAGCCAUAACAAACUGAAAAUGCUCCCUGAAGAAAUUGCAUAUCUAAAAAACCUGAAGGGCCUGUACCUCCAGCAUAAUGAGUUAACUUGCAUACCAGAGGGAUUUGAACAACUUUCCAAUUUAGAAGAUUUAGAUCUUUCAAGCAAUUGUCUUUCAAUUGUUCCUGCUAGUUUUUCUUCUCUGUUGAGUCUGAUUCGACUCAAUCUUUCCAGUAACCAACUGAAGAGUUUGCCAGCGGAAAUAAGCAGAAUGAAAAAAUUAAAGCAUUUGGAUUGUAAUUCAAAUCUCUUGGAAACUAUACCUCCUGAAUUGGCUGGCAUGGAAUCACUAGAAUUGCUUUAUUUGCGGAGGAAUAAAUUGCGUUUUCUACCAGAAUUUCCUUCAUGUAGACUAUUGAAGGAAUUGCAUGUAGGUGAAAACCAGAUUGAAAUGUUAGGAGCAGAACAUCUUAAGCAUCUGAAUUCCAUCCUUGUGCUGGACCUGAGGGAUAACAAGUUAAAAUCUGUUCCAGAUGAAAUUACACUACUACAGUCUUUGGAAAGACUUGAUUUAAGUAACAAUGAUAUUAGUAGUCUGCCCUGUUCAUUGGGAAACCUGCAUUUGAAAUUCCUGGCACUAGAAGGAAAUCCUUUGAGAACCAUUCGGAGAGAAAUAAUAAAUAAGGGAACUCAAGAAGUUCUAAAGUAUCUACGAAGUAAGAUCAAAGAUGAUGGACCUAACCAAAGUGGCUCUGUUGCUGAGACUGCCAUGACACUACCAAGUGAGUCCAGAGUCAAUAUACAUGCCAUCGUUGCAUUAAAAAUAUUAGACUAUAGUGAUAAGCAAGCAACUUUGAUUCCUGAUGAAGUUUUUGAUGCAAUAAAAAACAACAUCAUCACUUCUGUUAACUUCAGUAAGAACUAUUUUUGUUUCAGGAUUGUAGAACUGAAGGAAAUGGUUUCUGAUGUCAAUCUCAGUUUUAAUAAGCUUUCCUCUAUAUCCUUGGAGUUAUGUAUGCUUCAAAAAUUGACUUUUUUAGAUCUAAGGAACAAUUUUUUAAAUUCUUUGCCAGAAGAAAUGAAAUUGUUGAUAAGACUACAAACGAUCAAUCUUUCCUUUAAUAGGUUCAAAAUGCUACCUGAAGUUUUGUAUUGUAUCUCAACGCUUGAAACAAUUCUGAUUAGUAACAAUCAGGUUGGAUCUGUGGAUGCUCAGAAAAUGAGGAUGAUGGAAAAUCUGACCACAUUGGACCUUCAAAAUAAUGAUCUCCUACAAAUUCCACCAGAGCUUGGUAAUUGUGUGAACUUAAGGAACUUAUUACUAGAUGGAAAUCCAUUCCGUGUUCCUCGAGCAGCCAUAUUAAUGAAAGGAACCGCUGCUAUACUGGAGUACUUGAGAGACCGAAUUCCUACUUAAAUGGCAUUUUCUAAUCCUGGUCAUCAUGUUAAUUCUUAGAAGAAUAUUACAUUUUGUUUUAGUGUCAUCCUAAAGGUGAUUGCUAUAACUCAUCUUCUAGUUUACCAGUUAUCACCUAACCAUUAGUAUAAUUGGCCUGGGUUAUUUUCACUGCCAAUAAAUAUUUUCAUUGAUAACUAUUCAACAUUUUUUUCUAAGGUGUUGUGUACAUUUAUAAUGGUAUUAACCACAUACAUUUCGUCUGAAGUUUUCCACAGAAUUUAUCUUACCCACACUCAUUCCCUUAAAAGUUGCAAGCACUUUCUUCAGAAGUGAAUUUUUUUGUAAAAUGAUUUAAUAUUUUUAUAAUAACAAAGCAUUUUUGUAGAAUUGUUUUCUUUUUUUCAUUUCUUUUUUGUAAUCCAUACAAUAUAACCUGUUGACUUGAAUAUGAGUAUUUAAUUUCUACCUUUUCAUUAGAUAUAAAACCAAAAUGAACUUUAUUGGAUACUUUUUUUGGGGUAAGAAAAAAAAUUACUUCAUUACCUGUGAUAGAACUUUUGUGAUAUGGUUGAUCUCAGUAUAAGUUUUAAAUUAACAUUCACUUUUGUUUUAAUCUAGUUGGAAUGUUUCUUUUCUAAUGAUUGAGUAGGUCUUCUUCCCCUGUUUCAUUAGGUUUGCUAGUUUCUCAAAAAUAAUACUUAAAAUAGUAUUAUUGGAGAAAAUGAAGUGUUAUUGUAACUGCUUUUACAAUUGUGACUUUAAAUUUGACAUUUUUUUUAAAGUGGUAUCUUAGUAUUGUUUUCAUAUGAUAAUCUAGUACUUUUAGAUUUAGGAGAAUUAGAGAUUGGAUCUGUAUAUUUCCCCCUGGGGAGUGUGAGCAUUUAAACAUCUUUUGUUCCUUAAGGAAAAAAAAAAAAUGAAGACCUUAUUAAUUCUAUAGGUAGCAGCAACAGAAGACAAUUAAUAACAUAUACCAUAUAGAAAUCUUUAA